AUGGGCGCGGCGUCCGGCGCGACGAGGAAGGACUCCACCAUCUCGGCAGCGGCGGCGCCGCCGCCGUCGGACAUUUGCAGCGCCCUCUUAAAGGCGUCCACAUCCGAAACCCAAGCGUCGGUGAAUGUCGGCCGGAAACCCCACGGCUGCUCCAUCGCCGUCAAGUUGUCGGCGGACGCCAUUUUUCCCGAUCGGAAGCUCUGGAUGUGUGAAAUUACAGAAAUACCCUGCGUGUAUUUCGACAAGGACACGGCAAGCAAAAAAAACCCACUAAUUGAUCGGGAAAGAAAAAAAAUUAAGCUACAGACGGCUGAGCUUAAAUGCUCGUCGGAGUGUGAAACUGUUUGA